AUGAUCCCCUCUUUCAACUACAAGAAGAACGCAGCCUACGCGCCUCUCACCGUCCGUGAGACUCCCUCUACCAACAAAAAGACCUCGUUUUCUCAGCUGGCCAAGAGACAAUCAACCACUCCCACCGAGCAGAAAGCCCGCCCUCAGGCUUGGGUCGACACCCCUCAGCUGAUCUACUCGGCUUGGCCUCAGGCUGCUGGCGACAUUAACCAGCCCCUGGGCACGCUCCCCUCAGACUUCAAGAUCGGUCUCGUCGGAGCGGGUAUCACUAACGUGGUUCUCGCUUUCAACUUGGCCAAGGCUGGCGCCGAUGUUACCUUGAUCGAGGCGACUGAUUCUGUUGGAGGUCGGCUCCGUUCCCUCCCAACUCCUGAUGGGGUCAACGUCGCUGAGAUGGGCGCCAUGCGCUUCCCGCCCUCGGAGGACCUGCUCUACUACUACGCCAAUGCCUUCAACUACACUUUCAUUCAGAACUUCCCCGACCCUGGCAAGGUACCUACCAUUGUCUUCUACGAGAACAAUACCACUGACUGGGUUGACUCGAACACUCCCCCCUCUGGAUUUGAGAAGGUCAACAACGGCUGGAUCAAACUCAUCUCUGGUGGCCUGACCAAGGGCGGUUCCUCUGCUCUGACGGCGGCCUCUAAGAUGACCGAGUGGCUCAGCUCUUCAGAUGCUACCACCCGAGCCCAGGCAGUCCCUGAGUGGCAGAAGUACCUGGAUAACUUUGGAGACGACAGCUUCUAUUCGGCUCUCCAGCGCAUCUUUGGUGAGAACCACGAGUGGGACGUCCCAGGAGGCGAGGUCUGGACCGAGGAUGACUUCACGCGCUUUGGAACCUUGGGCAUUGGCUCUGGCGGCUUCGGUGCUGUGUACACCUCUGGCUUCAACUCCGUCUUCCGUCUCGUGGUCAAUGGUCUUGAAUCAGACCAGGCGGUCUUUGCGAAGAACACCACCAGCGGUCUCCAGCCAGCCGGCAUCCGUGAUCUCGCCACCACAAUCUGGGACAAGGCCACAGAGCUUGGGGUCAAGACCAAGUUCUCUACUGUGGCUGAAGUUACAAGCGGUGGUGGAGACCCUCUGGGCGGACUUGCCGUCGGCGUCCGGGAGACCACGUCGUCUGGCACCACGGACACCGAGUAUGACCUUGUCAUCGUCGGAACCAGCAACAGAGCCAUGACCUACGCUUUUACUCCAGUCUCGGAGACCACUGAGGACUCCAUUCUUUCGAACGAAGUUCAGCGGGGUAUCAACGACCUGCACAUGACGGCUUCUUCCAAGCUGUUCAUUCGCACCAAGAAGUUCUGGGAAAACCAGCCUGCUGGAUUUCCUCGUGUCAUUCUUUCGGACACCAACCUGCCCCAGACCUACACCCUCGACUACGGUCAUCCUGACUACGGUAUGGUCCUUGUCACCUAUGCCUGGGAGGACCUUUCUCUGCAGAUGAUGGCCAUCUCGGACCCUAAGGAGCUUCUGGCAGACCUCAAGACCCAAGUUGCCAGAAUCAUGCAGGAAACCGACUACGCCCAGUACGCCGACUACCUCACUCCCGUCACCGAUGACGACCUCUACCUCAUUCACUGGCCUCUUGAUCGCUACUCCUACGGCGCCUUCUCCCUUGGACUGCCGGGACAGGACGACGAUAUCUCGGCCAUGUUCUACGACUACGAGAAGUUUUCCAUCAACAACCAGAGCUCUCGCGUUCUCAUCAACAGCGACUGCACCUCCUUCCUCGGUGGAUGGGUCGAUGGUGGCUUGCAGCCUGCCCAUAACACCCUCUCGGCUGUCUUUGAACAGUUUGGAUCUUUGAACCCUUUGGCAGCUUCCUUGGCCCCAUCCGCUCUUCUCAACUCUUCUUUGUACCAGUACUGA